GCUCGAUUUAACUGUCUUCGCUACAAUCAGUCACGAGUGUUUAAUAUGGCCGAGUUCACUAGAGAUCCCUGUCCAUUUCGUAUCGUCAGUGAUUGUGGGGCUGCGUUUGUCAUGGGUACGAUCGGUGGUAGUGUCAUACAUUUCUACAAAGGUUAUCGUAACGCCCCUUCGGGUUAUACAAAAAAACUAGUAAGCGCAUUGGCUAACAGUCGUCAGCGCGCACCAAUUUCGGGUGGCGGGUUCGCUAUAUGGGGUGGAAUGUUUACUGCUGUUGAUUGUUCCUUAGUUUUUGCUCGUCAGAAAGAGGAUCCUUGGAAUUCGAUCACUAGCGGAGCGAUAACUGGAGCUGUUUUAGCCAUUCGUCAUGGUCCAACAGCUAUGGUCGGCCAAGCAUUAGUCGGUGGAGUUAUUUUGGCAAUUAUCGAAGGGCUCGGAAUUAUGAUGAAUAGAUUCGCUCCUAUGCUCAUGCAAGCUCCACCAGAUGCUGUACCAGAUCCACAGAAUAACCAGUCAUCAGGUCCAGGAAGUUCGUCUGGUAGUGGCGGAAGUGGGUUUUACAAUUUCUUUGGUUCCAGUUCCACACAUUCAUCUUCGGAUUCAACUGCUACAGAAUCUUCUAGUACAGUACCGUCAAAAACUGGAUUUCUAUUUCAAUAGAUCCACUAUUUAGUUUAUGAUUCAAUAGUAAAUUUUGUUUCCCAUGUCUUCCGUUCACGCCUGUGUAUAUAUAAACACAAACCUGUUAGUGUAUUAUUCAACGAUAAUCACGAAUAUCGGGAUCCCUAUAGUUCAUCUACAUUCCCUUCAAAAUCCAUCUUGCUUUUACUGUAGUAGUAUUCCGCUUUUUAAUCGCUAUCUUAUAUUAGCUAAGAAAAUUAACUCUUAUGAAAAUGUAUACAUUGGGUAAUCAGACUGUUCUAAACGUUUUUAGGGUGUUUAAAUAUUUCUCUUCCCAGCUUCAUUCUACUUGUGCCAAUGUAGCGUUGUCUGUAGGCUAGUCACUUUUCAUGGAAAUAAACAACUCAGUAUUGAAGCUUGUAUCGUGCUCACUAUUCGUUUUCAUGUUGAUUAAUUGCUUCAUUUUUCUGUCAUUUUUACGCAUCCUUUUGUUGAUACACUUCAUAUUCUUUAAAUCUCUACUUUAAACAUUUUAAUUUUGUCCUUAUUUCACCUACAAGUUAGUCAUCAAUGUUUGAGCUUUUGCAUAUGAGAGUAAAAUAUUAACCUAACCUCAACGAUACCAUCUUUUCAGCUUACAUUUAUAAAUCAACUUACUGGUUAGUUUUCAUUUCUCCGUUUUUGGGAAUCUGUUGAAUGAUAAACAAGUAAUUUUUGUAUCAUUAUUGAUACUUUACGCAUGAAUGAUAUUAGUAACAUUUUUG